AUGAUGGAUGUGAUGUGCUGUAAAUCAGUAGGAACUGAUCUGUCCAUGCUGGAUAUUGAUGAUUUCAUCACAGAAAUCUCUCAGCUGAAGAAAGAGGUGGCGUUACUGGAGACAAAGCUGAGAUUAAGAGGAGAUGAAGGACUGAAGAGAGAGGACUCCGAGCUCAGUCUGACUUUACUCUGUUAUACUGAGUCAAAGCACACAGACGCUCAGGACACUACAGUGUGUGACAGUAAUCAGGACUUACAGGAUGAUGAAUCUACUGAUCAAACCUCCACAGAGUCUCUGGAUUCUGUCUGUAACGCUGGAGAACAGCAGCAGAUCCUGCAGACCAAACUCAACAUGUGUUCAGUCAAACUCAUCGACUGCAAGAACCUCAUGAUGAAGACGAGAAGAGAAACCACAGCAGAGGAAGAUCACACUGAGGAGGAUGAAGACAAUCAUGAUGAUGAUGAUGAUGAUUUUAUUCCUUCGGAUGAGAAAAGUGAUUCUUGUUCGGAUGGAGAGGCAUCCUCAACAUCAAAAAAGCAGCGGACAGCACAAACGCUUUCCUGCAUCACCGGUGGAAAGCCGUUAAGCUCAAAGGAACCUUUAGAGAAACUCUUCACCUGCACCAAAUGUAAGAUCAGCUUUACUACCAUAGAAGAGCGGAAACGUCAUUAUUCAAAAGUACACGUUGUAAAGAAGCAGUUUCACUGUGAGCAGUGUGGAAAGGUUUUUUUUACAACAACUGGUUCUAUGAACAUCCAUAUGAGGGGACACAAUAGUGAAAAGCCUUUCCACUGCACCGUAUGUGACAAAUAUUUCAGGACCAAACAAAAUCUUAUUGAGCAUAAGAGAAUUCACACAGGAGAAAAACCAUACAAGUGUCCUCACUGUGAGAAGAGAUUUGCAGUCGUAUCAGGUUGGAGGAGGCACUUGCUUGUGCACAGUAAUGAGAAACGGUUUCAGUGCAGUGAAUGUGGAAUAACUUUCAAGCAUCUAGGUGGUCUCAUAUCACACGAAAGAAUACACACUGAAGAGAAACUCUAUCAGUGUUCAUACUGUGAUAAAACUUUCCGUCAGAAAGCUCAGCUGAUACGCCACAACAGACUUCACACUGGAGAGAAACCUUUUGUCUGCUCUCAUUGUGGAAAGAGCUUCUCUGAUCCUUCUCAUUUUAGAGUUCAUGAGAGAGUUCACACUGGAGAGAAACCUUAUCACUGUAAUGUUUGUAGAAAGAGUUUUAGGCAACAUACUGUCUUACUAAAGCACCAAAGAAUUCAUACAGGUGAAAGACCUUUCAAAUGCUCUCAGUGUGAGAAGUCGUUUGCUCGAUCAGAUGUCUUAAAGACCCAUCAGAGAGUUCACACUGGAGAGAAACCUUACGUCUGCUCGAUCUGUGGAGAGAAAUUCACUUAUUUAGGAAGUUUUCAGAGUCACCAGAAAAAACAUGCUACAGAACAAACUACACCGAAAUCAUCGUAACACCUUAAUGUGUGAAAGUCUGUCAAAUCCUGAGCGCUUGGUGCUAGUAGAACAUACUGGUAAAAAUGUUUACAUUGAACGCAAUAUAAUUCACAUUGGAUAAAAUCUGCCAAUGCAUAAAAAAAAAAAUUACAUAAAAAAGGGAGAAGUUGAUUGAAAUAAAGGAAAACACAGCAAUACUGAUUAUAAUUAAAAAAAGUGUGUUAACGAAUAUGGUUUUGCAAUUUCUAGGCAAAGGGGGACUGCACUUUAGAUGAUAAAAUUUAACAGUUUUUUUUUUUUGGAUGCUUUUAGUCACCAACAUUAUUCCCACAGUAACAUUUGUGUUAUACCAUAGUUUGUAUGAUCUUGUUUUUAUUCUGAUAUGGAAAAAAUAAAUAAAGAACGAGUGAAACUAG